AUGUCUGGUCGUGGUAAAGGAGGCAAAGUCAAGGGAAAGUCAAAGACCCGUUCCAGCAGGGCCGGACUUCAAUUCCCCGUCGGUCGUAUCCAUCGAAUGCUCCGCAAGGGCUCGUACGCUGAACGCGUUGGUGCCGGUGCCCCCGUCUACUUGGCUGCCGUCAUGGAGUACUUGGCCGCUGAGGUCCUCGAGUUGGCCGGUAACGCCGCCCGUGACAACAAGAAGACCCGUAUCAUUCCUCGUCACUUGCAAUUGGCCAUCCGCAACGACGAAGAGUUGAACAAACUUCUCUCCGGUGUUACAAUUGCCCAGGGUGGUGUUUUGCCCAACAUACAGGCCGUUCUCUUGCCCAAGAAGACCGACAAACCUGCCAAGGCUUAA